AUGGAGAUGGCACGUUCCUCUGGCUCUCUGCUGUCCAGCUGCCUCCUCGCUCUUGUCUUCCUCCAGCUGCUGUCACACGUGUCGGGGCACACAGGGAGUGCCAGCCAGUUCCACCUGGCGCCGCUGGGGGGCACGGCGGCGCUUCUCUGCCCGCUCUCCCUCUGGCCCGGGGCGGUGCCCACGGAGGUGAGGUGGCUGCGGGCCCCACACCCGCAGCGCUCCCAGGCUGUUCACGUGUUCCGUGAUGGGAAGGACCGGGAUGAAGGUCUGACGCCGGAGUAUAAAGGGAGGACGACCCUGGUUAGAGACGCCCUAGAGGGAAGCGUCACACUGCAGAUCCGCGACGUGCGCCUGGAAGACCAAGGGCCGUACCGAUGUCAGAUCCAGAUCGGAAACCUGAGUCGAGAGAGCACCGUGACCCUGCAGGUUGCAGCCCCAUCUCAGGGGAGGGUCUCAUCCUCAGCAGUGGCUCUUGCUGUGAUUGUGUCUGUCCUGGGGCUUCUCAACAUGGCAUGCAUUUUCCUCAUCUGGAGGCAAAGGAAAUCAAAAGAAAAGCUUCUCUAUGAACAGGUGAUGGAGGUAGAAAAUCUUCUCUCAGACCAUGCAAAAGAAAAAGGAAGACUCCACAAAGCCCUCAAGAAACUCCGGAGUGAACUGAAGUUGAAAAGAGCUGCAGCAAACUCAGGCUGGAGAAGAGCCCGGCUGCAUUUUGUGGUGGUGACCCUGGACCCCGACACAGCACAUCCCAAACUCAUCCUGUCUGAGGACCGGAGAUGUGUGAGGCUUGGAGACAGAAAGCAGCCUGUGCCCGACAACCCCCAGAGAUUUGAUUUUGUCGUCAGCGUCUUAGGCUCCGAGUACUUCACGGCUGGCUGUCACUACUGGGAGGUGUACGUGGGAGACAAGACCAAGUGGAUCCUUGGGGUGUGUAGUGAGUCAGUGGCCAGGAAGGGGAAGGUCACUGCCUCACCCGCCAAUGGACACUGGCUUGUGCGACAGACUCAUGGGAGUGAGUAUGAAGCUCUCACGUCCCCACAGACCUCUUUCCGCCUGAAAGAGCCUCCCCGUUGUGUGGGAAUUUUCCUGGACUAUGAAGCAGGAGUCAUCUCCUUCUACAAUGUGACCAACAAGUCCCACAUCUUUACUUUCACCCACAGUUUCUCUGGUCCCCUUCGCCCUUUUUUUGAACCUUGUCUUCAUGAUGGAGGGAAAAACACAGCACCUCUAAUUAUUUGUUCAGAACUACAGAAAUCAGAGGUGUCAGUUGUCUCCAAGCCAGAAGGAAAAGGCCAAGCUAACGGAGAUGUGUCCCUGAAGGUGAAACCUUCCUUCCUACCCCUGCAGGCCCCAGAGCUCGGGGAUAUGAUCCUGUCUUGGCCCUCUGACCUUGGCUCAGCCCUUCAGGGGCUCAAGGCUCCUUCAUUUUAG